AUGGAGAUACACUUUGAUCUUUACUUCGAGAACCCCAUGUGCUUAAUUUGCUUAAUGUCAAACCUUGAUUCCUUUGAACACCAUAUUACUCGUAGUCAAAAUCUGACAGUGGCAUCUGGCUUGGUAUUCUUUGUGGGGCACUUGCAACACGUGACAUUGAAAAUUGUAUUCGAAAAUGAUGACAUCUCCAACAUGAAACGUCUUGGAAGCAGCCCGGGCCUUGUAAUCAAUAUUCCCAAUGAUGGUUCAACCAGCGGAGUCCCCAACCUUGUGUGUGUAGAAAAUAAGCGGAAUAGGUUGAGGUCCGGCGGGAUAUUGGGGAAGAGGCUAAUCUCCUUCCUGAAGAGAACUCCAUCAAGCAGCAACAGCAGCAGCUCGGUGAAGUCGGAACCGAAGACCAAAUCAUGGGGUCGCAAGGCGGUUUCCGGCGCCUUCAUUUGCCUCACCGGCGGUGUUGCUUUGAGUGCCCUUGAUGACCUUAUCAUUUAUCAUGGCUGUAGCAGCAAGACCAUGGAGAGAGCUAGUAAAAACCAGGCAAUUAUAGAUGCCAUUGGGGAGCCUAUUGUAAGAGGUCCUUGGUACAAUGCAUCACUUGCAGUUGCUCACAAGAGACAUUCUGUAUCUUGCUCAUUCCCCGUUUCUGGACCCCAAGGUUCUGGAAUCUUUCAGUUGAAGGCGGUUCGUAAUGGAGAUGACAGCUGGUUUUCAUUUUUACGGUCACGUGACUGGGAAAUCCUUAUUAUGGAAGCUCUCCUCCAUGUUCCCUCAAAUGAAGAGAAGCAGCAAACAUUCCGGAUUAGUGUUUCAGACUUCCCUCCUCCAGUUUGCAAGCCAUGUACUGAUUGCAGCUCUCCAGAAUCAGCAGUCACCAGCAGAGAAGAAAUGAAAAGUUGAACUAGUUAUAUGAGAAUGUUACUCAUU